AUGGAAAGCAACGGCGAGCCCCCCAACAAGGCCGCCGCGCUCGCCCCCGCGGCCGUCCCCGGCGCCGCCGCCGCGGUCCCUGGAGGCGGCGUGGAUUUCUUGAGCCGCCUCCCCGACCACCUCCUCGUCGACAUCCUCCUCCGCCUCCGCACCAAGGAAGCCGUCGCGACGAGCGUCCUCUCCCGGAGAUGGCGCGGCGUAUGGCCCCAGCUUCCCCACCUCUUCUUCGACGGCGUACACCCCUCCGUGCCCGCCCGUGCCCUCGCGGCCUACGAGGCCCUCGCCGCCCCAGAGGCGCACGACAUCCAGAGCCUCGCCGUCUCGCCCUACCAGGUGGACGCGCGGGAGACCUUCGCCUGGCUUUCCCUCGCCGCGCCCCUCCUCUGCGGCCGGCUCCACCUCGACGACAGCCGCGCCGUGUCGGACGAAAUGGAAGAGCUCUUUCGGGGACGACGACCACGGCACGACGGCGAGGCGUCCGAGAUGCCCUGCUUCAGGAGAGCCACAGAGAUUCGACUUCGCCUCGGGUUUCUUACCCUGGAGCUGCCACGGGUCGGCGUCUUCGACGCGCUUAGGCUGAUGCGGUUGCAGAACUUCCAGUCCCGGGGCCAGUUUCUCAUCAGCGACACCAUGCUCCCGUCCUUGCAAGAACUAACCAUGAGCAGCGUCCGUGACAUGAACGUGCUGACGCUCAACUCCAAGUCUCUGGUAUCUAUUGAUCUGUCCUAUCUCAUGGGGCUUGAGCGUCUCCACAUCACGGCUCCAGGGCUCCAUCAGCUAGAUGUGGUACGCUGCUUCUAUGAUUCUCUCAAACCAGUUGCCAGCAUUACUGCAGAGAGAUUAGAGGUGUUCAGGUGGAAUGGGCCUUAUGAUCUAGAGUCUGUCCACCUCGGAGAGAUGCCAUGCCUCCAGACGCUCGGAGCACCUCCUAUCGACACACAUCGUUGGCGAGGUAGUUUUCAGAUGGCUCAGAUAUGUGCAGGGUUUCUUGGUCGCUUUGCAGCAGUUCACCACCUUGAGCUUGAGAUGACUCUUGGUGUGAGUGCCUUUUCUUCCUCUUGGAUACAAUUAUUUUUACGGUCUCCUCUUGGACUUAAACUGUGCAAUGUUAUUCAUGAGCAUAAAUUAUUCUCUCCUUGAAUAAUAUCGAUCAGUGUGCCAUUGAGAUAAAAUUGUAUUGUAACGAGGCAAGAUCAUACGUAUCUUUUCAUUGAUAGAAGGAGUGUGAGAAAUUACAAUCGGGUGGGGAAGUACAUCAAACGACACGUGCACAAGAUGGUUAAGUAACUGUUGACUAGUAUGGAAGUGCACAAGCAUAAUUAGAGCAGGAAAGCAGAAAAUAGGAGUUCCGAAAUAGCAUU